AGACUGAGCAAAGGAUAGAUAGAUAGAUAGAUAGAUAGAUAGAUAGAUAGAUAGAUAGAUAGAUAGAUAGAUAGAUAGAUAGAUAGAUAGAUAGAUAGAUGUAAAUUGGAUUAGAAAAUAGAAAUGUUGGUGAAUGAAGAGUAAGGAAGGGAGACAGAGAAAGAACAGAUGGAGAUGGAAAGAGGGAAUUUUGUGGAUCUGAAGCCUUUAAAGCCCUUAAAGCUGCAAAUAGGAGGCAGAGAGAAGGAGAGGAAGAGAGGAGCGAUGGAGGGAGGCUGAAGGGAGGUAAAUAAAAACUGGAAGGGAGAGCAGGAGGAGGAGGGUUUGCGUCGGUGUGUUGGAGCGCUUGUCAAAAAAAGAGAAAGAAAAACGCUUCCUCUGACAGAAGGCAUGAUUCACAGCAGAGAGGGAGGGAGAGGAGCGGCAGAAAAACAGAGCGACGGUGGAGGAAGAGGAGGAAGACCAAGAGGAUACAGCAGAGGAGCAGAAGAUGCUGAAGACGAGAGCAGAGAGCCGAAUUCACAAACGGCUUCAGCGGCCGAGACGACAAUGACGACGGCAACAACAACGGCAACGGCAAGGUUCUGAUGUCAUCAGAGGGAAUCAUCCGUCAUUCCAGCUCCCGCUCCGGGAUCCAAGCAGCUUCCAUUGGAAACGAUGUCAUCAGGCUUAAUCCAACUUCACCCACACACACACACACACACACACACAGCUCUGUCGGCGUGUGCGCGCGGCUGUAGGUGUUCCUCUAACUUCCUCAAAGUUUCCCACAGGAAUCAGCAGGACGUCUAAAUUUAGUGCUGCUGUCCAGAGACACAAAUGUUGAGAUGCGACGUUUAGUUGUUCAGCUGCUGGGAUUAUGGAGCUUCAGUCAUUUGAUCGUUCAUCAUUCAAUUCAGUUUAUUUAAGAAGCGCCACUUCACAGCUAAUAUCAUCUGAAGGAAAAUCAUCUCCGUUCAAUCGAAGAUUCUGAUUGGUUCCAGUUAAUCGGUUCAGAAAGAUCAACUAGUUCAGCACCACUCCUCCUGACCAGCAGGAGGCGCUGGCAUUAUGUCGUUGGCUUUAUAGCAAUCCCUAUUCUGAGCAUGCAUGUGGCGACAAUGGAGAGGAAAAUGUCCCUGUUAACAGGAAGAAACUCCAGAACCAGAACCAGAACCAGGCUCAGUACCAGCAGCCACGACCGACUGCAGGUUAGAGAUGACAAAGCAGAAGAAGAACCAGAUGAUGUUGGGUUAUUUCUGAUGUUCAUGAAAGUAAAACAUUAACAGCAGAACCAUCAGGUGGUGGCAGCAUCAUGGCAGCCGACGCCUCAGGAAGGAACCAGCCAAUCAGAAUGCAGACCAGUUUCUAAACGUCAGAACAAACAAAACCUGCAGCCUGGUACCAAAUGGUUCUGGUUGGAACCUCUGGACCAAUUCAGGUCUCUGAUGGAUCUGGUUAUUGAGGUUUUCUAUUUGAAAUUAUAAUCUGGAUUAUCAGCGAGCUGUGAAUCUAAACAACAGAACAGGAUCUGGUUCUGUUUUCCAUCAGAACUCUGCUGCAGCGUUUUGGAUCAGAUGAAGGAUUUUAACUUACAGAUUCAUGGAUUAGAUUAUGGAUUAUCAGCUUCACUGCUGGACAGGAUGUUUAUAAUUUAGGCAAUAUCCCAGAGAUUAAAGGAGGAACUUGUAGAACACGCUGGAAUAAAAUGACAUUCAUGCUUAAAAUAACUCAGAGGGUCUUUACUUUGUUACUGGAGGAUAAUUUAGUCCCAGUUCAGAGCUAAACCAAGGAGCCAACCUUAAAAUGGAUUACGAUCUUUCUUGACUCAAUGAGGAAGUAACACCAUGAACAUCAGUUAGAGAAGGACUAAAGAUUAAAUGACUCCCUGAGAUUCAGAGGAAAUGAAACAUGGAGGAGAUUCCCUGAAGGUUUUUAAAGUUUUGUCUGAUAAAGUGAAAAUGAAAUGAAAGGUUAUUUAAACUGGUCAGACAGCAGGGUUAUGGGGAACUUCUGCUAUUUCUUCAUGCCAAAUGUCAGCACGUCUAAAGUACGAUGAUAAGCGAAUUCUCUGAAUGAAGCCAAUCGAGUCAAAGCUAGCUUUAAAACCUACAUUUAAUCUAUUACCCUCAGUCAACAUGCAUGUUAAAGUCCCCCAGUAUAAUUAUUUGAUCAGUCUUUACCACCCAAUCAAAUAAAUCUGAGAUCUGAUCUAAAAACUGAGAGUGAGGCUUGGUUAGUUUGGGAUCUCUCUCCAUCAGGUCAACUCCUUUCUAUGAGGGAGACGUUAAUCAUCAAACAGCAGCAGAAUGAGAGGAGCAGGUCUGACUGGAUCCCAUCCUUCGUCGUUUCUUCUCCCUCUUUCUGAGGCUCUGAGGCUGACAGACCAACGUUUUGCUGGAAAUACAUUUAACUGGCUCUAAUCAGGCUAACGGAACAAUUAAGAAGCAGAAUAAAUACAAAUUCUGUCACAAUGUGAGUAAAGUGGAAGAGAAGAUGAGCUUUCCAGUGGAAAUAAAAAACAGUUUUCAACCUUUUGGAAUCUGAUUGGAAUAUUUCUCACUGUAGGAUUGUGUUUGGACUUCAGGUCGUUUGUAGUGUCCUCAUGUCCUGGAGCCAUUGACAGAAGGACGUUUCCAAACUUAGAGUCUCUUGACUUCUCAUGAAAACAACAGGAAUAUUUCUUAGUUCUUCACUGGAGAACAAGAAGGAUUUUCUAAAAGGGGCUUUCAUUCUUUCUGGAGACUGAAGCUGCACAUCCUGGAGAGUCAGUAGUGGUUUGAAAAGCAGUUCUACUCUUAUUUUGUUAAUUAAAGACUUCACAAUUCACUCUUCAAGCUUUAGACGUGCCUCCCACCAACCCCCUGCACCAAUCAUGGGCAAGCCUCUCAGCCGCCCUGGGUGUUUCAGGAAGAGCUCCUGCUGCCUGGAGAAACAUGGACUUGGGGAUGGGGGAGUGGUAGGGCGAGACGUUGGGAUAGAAGGGGGUUAUGGCGACGGCUACAUCCCUCAGCGAUCCAUUUAUGACACAAUGUGCAUCAAUCAGCAGAUUGACAGCCAUCACCACCACUCCGGGGGGUCGGUGAGGCGGGACGGAGGGGGAGACGGGAGCUUCAGCUACUCAACCAGUGGCUCCCUGAGAGUCAGCAGGUCAGACAUGUUUGAUCCACAGCCACGCUCCUUAACUCCAAAUCCUUCCUUUGUUCGGCGCCUGGAUGAGAGAGCCAUCUACGAUUCCCUCAAGCUGGGAGUGGAGGACAUAGACGGAUGCCACUCUCCAGGACAUUUCAAUCGAUCCGUCUCUCCCUCUGUGUCCUCCUUUUCUGCUCCAGGAGUCUCCUCCUCAUCAAAGAAGCACCACCCUCACCACCACCACCCUCACUAUGGAGACAGCACAAAGAGCAGAGAGAGCCGGCAUUCCUGGAAAGCAAUGUCAUCUCCUAAACCCUUGGAGUGUGUGGAGAUUCCUCCAGUGGAGCUGAUAGAGCGUGGGGGAGGCAGCUACCUGAAUCCAGGCCACUACCCAGGACCGGGUCAGUCCUCCUCUCUAACCUCUCCUCUCAUCUCACCCUUCUCCGGCUCGCCUCUCUCCUCAGGAUACCACACUCCGGUGUUCUUCUCCCCGGCCAAACCUCGUCCCAGUCAGAGCCAAAGCCUGCGCUGUUCUACGCCCCAUGUGAUGCAGCCCAGGCAUUACUCCCAAACCCAGAGCCUGAGGCUGUCCCCCCCCCAGGAGCUCAGAAGGUCCCCCUACAGGACUGCACUGGUCCAACUGUCUGCCCAUGACCUUGAGCAAGACCUGGGUGAGCGAGGUGGUGGAUGGGGCCGCAGCGAGCGCGACAGGGACUGGGAGAGGGAGCGGGAGCGAGAGAUGGAGCGAGGUUGGGCCCAGCGCGAGUGGGAGAGAGAGAGGGAGAGGGGCAGGUUGGAGAGGGAGAGAGCCCGAGAAAGGGAGAGAAGGGAGACAUCCACUUUCGGGACGUUUGGUUAUGGCCGACCAGUUCCUCUACGCUCUGACAGAGACUCUGUGUUUAUAGAGUCUGAACACGGCUUGGACACAACUCCUCUGCUGCUCCCCCAGCCAUCCCCCUCCCCCUCCCCUAGCGGCGCUCCCAGGAUGGGUACUGGAGCAGUGGGCAGGAGCCGAGCCGGGUCAAAGGUCGGCCCAGAAGGGGUUGGUGGAGGGAUGCCGCCUAGGUGCGACAGUGGGAGUGUAAGUUUAGUGUUGGUGGACGGUAAAUCUGGUUGUGGGCCCAGAUUAGUCAGCGAAGUCUUAAUGGGAAACAUGUCUGAGGUGGAAAUGAGGGCGUUAAAUCAGGAGCACCAUCGAGUCGAAAGCUGGAACAAAUAUGACAACGGAUCCAGAUCCAGUGUGAAGAACCUACCUGAAAAGAGGAUGGGCUCUCAGGUGAAAACUCGACCAGGAGGUCGGGAUUUGGAGGGAAAAGUGCAGUCAGGGACAGAGAAUAAGGAGGGACAUAGAGGGACAUCCACCAAAGCUGGCGGAGCUACAAGUAGACAAGAGCGUUUCCCUGAACACUCAAGCAUGAGUGUAUCUGAGAAGAUUGUUGGUCCUGCAGACAAAGUUCAGGCUGAAGCUGCUCCUGUUCCUGAAAUCAAGCCGGCGCUUGAUUCUGGGGGUAUAGGUCACUUCCAACAGGCAGAGAACAAAGUUGGAACAGAGGUUGAACCUGAAUCACAGUCUAAUGUUGAUUUAACAUCUGGAUCCAGUGGAGAAGCUAAAGCUGAUGCUGAGAUUGCUCUUGUUUCUAAGCCCGAAGCAGAAACUAGGAUCAGUCAUGGAGAAGUACAAGAGAGAGAAAAUGUCAAUCAAGCUGAAAGUACAGGUCAACUUCAGGCAACGUCUGUGGCAGCAGAUAAACCUGAAGCUGCUCCUGCAGAUCAAGCAGAGCGAAAGCUUGAGGAUUCUGGUAAACCCAAGUCAGGUCAUGCUGGGAAAAGCUCAAGAUCCAAGUCCAAAUCAUCCAAGUCCUGCUCCAGGUCUCGACCAGGCACAGCGACUGGGCUGCGUCCGGGAGUACUGAGUCCCCGAGAAAGCAAACAGCUGGAAGACUUUGAAUCAGCUGGACCACCUGAGGACAUCGAGUCCACCUGGCCUCGCAGAAUCAUAGUCCGAAAGCGGACUGUCCGCCAGGGAGGGGCUCUCCACAAUCUUCCUAUCCUCCCCCCACUCCCUUCUGUCUUGUCAGCCCUGGAGAAGAGGCAUCCACACCUACGGCAUGGUUCAGAGAACCCAUUAUCAAAUCUGACGAACCCUAUUGUAGGGCGAUGCUCACUGAGGGAAGCCGCUCACCCAGAGCCCGGACAGGGGAGCGGUUUGGUAGGCCGAGCAUCCCUCAGGGAGCAGAACUUGGAGCACUGGAGAGUCUGCAGAGAGCAAGAGGAACCUAGGAGGUCCAGAAGUCGGGAGAAACGAGGGGGGGAGAGUAGGGACAAGGCAGAGAAAAAGGAAAACAAAGGAAAGGAGGAGAAGAGAGAAGAAACCCUGAAGAAUGAGAAGGUGGUUGUGGAGGAAACCAAACAAGAUAAAGCAAAGAUAAACGUGGAAGAAAAUCUCCAGACAGAUGUUGCUAAAAACAAGGAAGAGGAAAAAGAGAUGGAUGUUGAAGUAAAGCCUGAACAAGUGGAGGAUCGAGGGAUAAAGAUUAAAGUUGGUCCAAAAGAGGAGGUAGAAGCAAAACUACACACAGAGAAACUGGAGGUGGAUGGCCGACAAGGAAUAACUCUUGGAGAGGUUGGAGGGGUGGAGGGUUGGGAUGCGGUUCUUGACAUGGUUAACACUCUUUGGGAUAAUGACUGGGAAAAAGGGGAAGCAGGUGAAGAAGAAGGAGGAGAUCCAGAUUCCCCUUCAGGCUCGCUGCAGCGAUGGCCUCUCCUCAGGCCACCCAUCGGCUUUGGGGGCUCUCAUCCUCCCUCCUCAGCAGCCUCAGAGCUCAGCCUGACGGAGUUGGAGAGGAGGGCCCGGGAGUUGGACUCAGACCUGGAACACCUGGAUCUGUCGCAGCCCCAACGGGAUGUGUACCAAUCGCUGCUGGAACCAGGAAGGGAACGAGGCGACAUGUACCAAACACAUCCCGGGCCACAAAGAGACAAAGCUCCCCUUCACACAGGCGUUGGCAGCAGAUCCCAGGUCAGUCUGGAGCUGAAUGCGAUGACACCAACCGACACCAACAGGUCAACUAGUGACUGGUCAACUAAAUCUACCAGCACCCCCACUGCUGGACCGAGCUCCUAUAAGGAGGACAGCUCUCCGGACUCCAACCUGACACUGGAAUCUGACUCCAGUGGCGUCUUUCUCUCCUUAUCCAAUCAGAGCCAGGAGGAUGGCGGCUCUGACAGCGACCAGCCAAUCAGCGACUCUGAACUGGGCAGCAGCAACACUUCGCUAGAGAAAGACAUGGAUGAUGGAGGCUUGAAAGAGUGGGGAAGGGAGGAGAGCUCCGAGCUCCAGUGGUGCUACCCUUCAUUGCUCGACACGCCGUCCUACGAAGACGUGGACGGACACGGCGGCGGUGACGACUCGGGGUGUGGAGACGCCGGCGUGGACCAGGAUGACCCUCCAGCAGAGCAACCUGACAUAAAGGCCUUGUUCACUGCCCCCCAGAGGCAGGAAGCGCCGCCCAGGAAGAAAGUGACCGUGAUGGGCAUGGACCCACCCCUUCCCCUUUCUCCUUCCAAGCAACAAAUCAAACACCUUCUAGAUCCGUACCAGAAGCCACUGAGAAGCUCAGGCCUGGACUGUGGGGACGUGGAUCCCUUCGUCCAAUCAGACAGCUUUGUCUACCUCGCCGUGUCUGCAAGACCUCUGCCCAAAGGUGAAACUGCCAGACUUAAAGAGAUUUCUACCCAUGAUGCAAAGCAGCACACCAUCCAGAAACAAGCAGGAAACACCGAAGCUGAGCGACCCACCAUGGACCCCAAGAUGGCCGCCAUCGCUCCUCAGAAACCAGAGGAGGGAGACUUCCUCUGCACCGACAGCUUCGUCUACCUGGCUGCUCCGGCAUGCCUCCUGCUGGGCCCCACCGGAACUGCACCGUACGGUGGCAAGGACUCGGAUUCUGAGAGUUCUGGUUCUGGUCCAGUUGAUGUCUCGGUUCUGGGAUGCGGCUCAGUGGCAGGGGACAGCGACUGGGACUCGGACCUGUCUGACUCCGAUCCCAGUCGCUCCUCCAGGUCCGCCGGCCGGUCCCGGAGAGCCCCCGCCGGGUCAGACUGGGACAUGUACGGAGAAGCGGCCGAGCCCGAGGUUCUGGGAGAGCUGUUCACAGAGCUGGACAGACGCGGCUGUGGGAGGUCCGGGAAACUCCCCGGCGGCGCGGAAGAGACAGAAACUGGGCCCGAGUCUCCAGCAGCGAAGACAGAAACGUCUUCAGAGCAGCAGUCCACCAAGAAGGUGACCUGGCAGUUCAAACCAGCCCAGAGGUCCGUCUGCACCGGAAGCAGGAAGGAGAAGGACCUGCCACGACUCCCAGAAACCGGAGGAGGGGACGGACACCGACUCUCCCCUUCCUCCUCAUCGUCUUCGUCUCCAUCCUCAUCGUCGUCAGGGUGAUUCCUGGCAGGUAGAAAGUAGCGGCUGAUCUUGUUGCUGUUGCUGCGGCUGCCUUCUCCAGCCUUGUACAAGCUGCAUUAGAGUUGUUGCUUUUUCUUAGACUAGCCCACAGAUUCUCGUGUAUAGAUAGUGGACUCGGUUCUGGCCCGGUUCUGGGACAAUAGGGUGAGAACAUUUAUCUUUAUUUCUUUUCUUAAAGGUUGUUUGGGCUCACUUCUGGUAAAUGAAUGGAAACCCAAACAACUUCCAGGGCGAAACCGAUCCUCAUUACUCUGCUUCUCAUGUUGACUGUGUCUUUUAUAAUCAUAUUCCACUUUACAGUAUUUAAUAGUGUUUCAAUAAUAUAUUUUGAUCUUUGAGAUAUAGAUAAAUAUACGUAUAUAUAUAUAGCUGUAAUGAUUGUGCGCAGAGGAUGUUUCUUCUUCUAGACCCAGAUAAUGAAUGUUGUCAUGGAGCAAACCGCUUUCUGCUGUUUAUCUGCGGCCAUAUUUAGCAGAAUGCAGCCGGGUUCUGAUAGAAACGGUUCUGGAUGUGGCUCAGUCCGGUCCGUUUCCAUGUUUUCACAGCUUUUGUUACAUAACCCUUCUGCAAGUUAGGCGUUAUAUCAAUAAUAAUACAAAGUUAAACUCAGUUGCUUCCGUCAUGGUUCACAUUAGUCCAGACCCGGUUCCGAAUGCAUCCAGCUUUUCUCUGAUCCACAGAGGCUCACAUAUAUACAUACACCCAGCCGAACCUUUCAUAUGCAGUGCUGGAGGUUCAAAGUUCAUGAGUGAGAGCGGCUGGUCGCUAUGCUAACCCUAGCCUGCAGCAAACAAGAUCGGUUCUUAAACAUGGUCAGAACUGAGCAGAACCAGAGAAAGUCCGUUCAUUUCUAGAUUCUAGCAUCACCAGUUCAACGGGCCGACAUGUCCGGAUGUGUUGCCUCAUCCGGACCCUUCGAUCGAAGGUCCAACCGGGAGUCGCUACCGUGCUGAACUGGACCAGCAGAGUGGACUGGACGCAUCGGGCCAGCCAGAUGUUGGCUCUCCAGCAGGACAAUGGGUCCAAACUGGUUCUAUGGGAGAAAUCAGGAAGCCUCUGGGAUGACCUGGAGGUGGUUCUGCUUCCUUCCGCUGACACUUUGGGUCAGACGGCUGAGGUCAAAGCUUUGGGACCCGUAUUCCAAAGAAGAAACUGAUGAACCACAGAAACUGCUGGGCCACUGGUUGCCAUGGUGAUACCUGUCAGCCAGUUCUAAACAGCGAGAAUCAGAACCUUCUAUGGUCCAAACAUGAACAAACAGGUUCAGUUUCUACAGAACCAAUUAGUGGGCGUGUCUUUGCUCUCCAGGCUCUGAUUGGACAGAAAUCAGGAAGUCCUCCAGCACUGAAAAUGAAACAGAAACAUCACUUAUGAAGGGUCUGGUGGUGUCGCCUGGUGAGUUGCUGCUCAGGGUGAGAUUGGCAUCGUUUCUGUUUCGACAGAAAAUGGAAACAAAAGUCUCAAUUUUUUCUGACUGAAUGUAAAAAGCUUGAAUAGAAAAAGAGACUAAUGGCGUUUUAUUUGGAGUGGCGAAAUCGGGUAUCAGUGUUUAGCAGAGUCUCUGGUGAUUCAUCCAGGUAGGAGUCCAGAGACUUAAUAAACCGGCACGCUGUGGAGGGUUUAAAAGCUGCUUAAUGACGUAAGGGCUGCUCCAGUUCUGACCAGCAUUUUUCCUCCAGUACUCCAUUCUCCCCAACAACCAUCAUGAGUGAGCCAUGCAGUGAUUGUGCAAGUCCCACUUUCUCCACAUUAUGAGCGCAUGUUUGGUUCAUUAGCUGCAGCCUGUCGCUCUGCUGACGCGCCUCCAGUCAGUUGCCGGUUAGUUUCCUCUCAACAACAAGAGAAGCUGAAACAGUCUGACAGCAGUGGCUGUCAGUGAUUCUCUUCUUCAUUUAGCUCACACACAGAGAAACAGCAAACUGCAGACGCAGCUAAUAAUCAUGUUGGUCAUCAGCAACUGGAGAAAGCAGUUGCUGAUCACCCCUAACCUUCAUCCUAUUGAACAUGAUCUGCAGACUUCAGCAGGUGUUUUGUGCUGACAGAUGACUCACACGAUGACAAAACUUUAUGCUAACAAACAACACCUGACCUUAGCCAUUGAGUCGCUGCUCCAUCCAUCGGGCCGAGGUGUGGCUCAGCUGGUGCUGUGUCCUCUUCCUUCAGCUUUAGCUUCAUUCCUUCUCCUUAAAUCCAGGGUUCCAGACAUCUGUCCUCCCUUCCUGUUUACUUCCACAGCGCUCCUCACCUUCACUGCAGAGCAGAUCUUUGCAGUGAAGGAGGUUAAAUAUUAGCUGCAAAUUCAUUCAAAGACCCCAAGAAAACUAUGCGAUUACUGAGCGAUAACCAGACAGUGCUGAGUUAGCUUCCAUACAUGGUGUUCCAAUUAAUCAUCUGCUUUCAUUUAUUUAUAUGUUUUACUUCCUGGCUCUGAAAUAUGAUGAUGUUAGUUCUAUAAAGAUGUGCCUGUUUGCAUUUAAUCGACUCUACGGGAUGUUUUGGAGCUGCCAGUAAAGUACAGAUGCACCAUGCAGCCUGUGGGAUGUACGGAAAGCCAUGUGGCUCAAAAUUCAUCCACUUGUCAACAGCUGGUGGAGUCUGCUAAAGGCGGAUAAACAUCCUUUAGUUGUAUGGAAGUGGAACUGCUGGGAGUAAGCUCAACAAAAACUGGAAUUUCCAGAAAACUCCGGUUCUUGUUGUGGGUCGGAAAACGCUGCUUCAGGAUGCUAAUUAAAGCUCUCUGACAAUGAUUUUAGCGUCUUAAUGUCCAAAAAGAAAGAAAAAAAAGCAUCCUUCAUUAAUUGCUGGGCUUCAUGCGGCACGGCACAUAUACUGUUAUACCACAGAAGAAGAGUUUCACGUUUAAAGCAGCUGACAUGCUGCUUUAAACUGAAAUGAAAAUUUUUUUUGUUUUUAAGGUCCUCCCCCUCUUUCCUCUCCUCGACCCGGUUGGAUCGGAUGCUGCUGUUCCCGCGGGUCGUGUAGUAGAAGGUGUGUGCUCGCCCAGUGAAGAGUUGUCAGCUUUGAUGAUGCUUGAGGGGAGAGGUGGGGUUGUGCUGAGAUGCCAGUACACAGCCAUCAAACACAAUCAAUAUUUCUCAUUUGAUCAGUAAAAUUAGUCCAAAUAUGUCUGAUGUUUACCCAGAAGUUCUGUUGUUAUACCAAAGCGUAAUCCUGGAUGUCACUGAUCAAUAAUCAGUUGAAACUAAUCCCAACUAUAAACUUGAAAGUCUUGGAUUUCCUAAAAGCCGAAUCCAAACUGUUAUUUAUGAAUCAGGACUAAAUGUCUUAAAAGUUCCUUUAUAAAACCCUUCAUGAGAUCCUCUACAAGGUACAGACAUUUGGGAAUCAGCGGUCUGAUAGCUUGCUUUUAAUUUCUUCAUGUAGUCUGUCUGAACCUUAGAGCGCUCCAGUCAGAUGAGCGGAUGAAUCACUAAACUGUGGUAAGACAUCUAGUUUCACUGUGACAGACUUUGGACAAACGGCCAAUCACAUUCUACUGAAUGUUUUUGUACAAUUUUGCUGAUCACUGUUGAAGCUUUGUGGUGAUGAACAGUCCAGACCCUGGACGCAUUUUCAAGGGGAGACAAAUAAGAAUAAUGUGAAAAUCGUUUUUUUCUGUGUGCCAUUUUUCCACAAUUAGUUGGAACGCAUUAAUGUUCAAAUAAAGAAUGAACUUUCUUC